GUCCUCCAGACGCGCGUCCGCCGCCGCGCACGGCCACGGCGGAUGCGAAUUGAUCAAGCCUUUCUUCUUCAGUCCGUCCUUAUUCCACAUAUUUAGUUAGUAGUGCCUUGUAGAUAAGAGAAUGGUAGCAGGAGAGAUAGCUGGUCUAAGAUGAGACUGCGGUUGCAUCUUUUGGUUCUUUGCUUGGUCAUUAUAUUUCUGGUUUAUAACAUGGCGAGUUACCAACAUAGACAGACAACGUUGGAAGCAAAAUCUCGCCCAUUUGAUACAAUUACGGUGUCUGACAAAGUGCCUGGUAAGGUGCCUAAAAGAUCUGCUGAUAGGGUUGGUUUUUUACCUCAUGGUAUAGUGGAACCUUACUCUGACAUGGAGUUGAAGCCAUUAUGGCUCACAAGAAGUGCGCAAUCGAAGGAAUCUAGCCAGAAUGAUCGGUGUUUGAUUGCCAUCCCUGCUGGUAUAAAUCAGAAAAAAAGUGUGGAUGCUAUUCUGAAGAAGUUUCUUCCAGAGAAUUUUACUGUUAUGUUGUUCCAUUAUGAUGGUAAUGUUGAUGGUUGGAACGAUCUACCUUGGAGCAGAAGUGUGGUACAUAUAUCUGCUUCUAACCAGACAAAAUGGUGGUUUGCAAAAAGAUUCCUUCAUCCUUCUGUUGUCUCCAUGUAUGAGUAUAUAUUUCUUUGGGAUGAAGAUCUGGAAGUAGAUAACUUUAAUCCAAGGAGAUACUUAAAUAUAGUUAAAUCAGAAGGGCUGGAGAUAUCCCAGCCAGGUCUUGAUCCUAAAUUGUCUGAAAUUCAUCAUCGGAUAACUGUUCGUAAAAAGGGUUGGAGUUUUCAUAGAAAAGUUAAUCGGGGAAAUAAAGAUUGUUCAAAAGAGGGACCGCCUUGUUCUGGAUGGGUUGAGGGCAUGGCACCAGUUUUCUCAAAAUCUGCUUGGCAAUGUGCUUGGCAUCUUAUCCAGAAUGAUCUUAUCCACGGAUGGGGCAUUGAUUACAAAUUUGGAUAUUGUGCUCAGGGUGACAGAACAAAGAACAUUGGAGUAGUCGAUAGUGAAUAUAUAGUUCAUCGAGGGGUACAGACAUUGGGAGGUUCUUCGUCAAAGCGAACCCAUGGAAAAAACAUUGAUCCACAUGGCCAGACAACUGUAGAAGCGCAACAAGUGAGGACAGGCCUUGAUAUGCGGACAAAGGUCAGGAGAAAUUCACGAUUGGAGCUUCGGGAUUUCCAGAAGCGUUGGGAGCGGGCCGCUAGGGAAGACAGAGCAUGGGUUGAUCCAUUUGCUCGCUCCCGAAGAAAAGGGAAGAAAAAUGAUAAACAGUAAUAGAUUAGCUAAUGUCUCGAUUAUGAUGAAUUGUAUUUUUUGCAUCGCCAGUUUUGGAGCGUAGAGUAUUCGAUCACCAAAUUAUGUGCAGAAAAUGUGAAUUCUUUACAUGUGAUAUCUACAUAUUUAUCAAGGCAACACACAUGAUGAAACUCUGGAAAAGGUUGAGCAGGUUA